AGCCGCGAAUUAAAUAAAGACACCGGCAUUGAUGGUAAUGCAUGCGAGGAAACCACAAAGGAUCAGCGAUGGAACGCCAAGUACAGCGGUUCAAAAGGCGGCUAUCCCUCAUCAACAGUGUCAUCGGACAAUCGUUACGAGGGACGAAUGCGCGAUUCUCCAAAUGGUAAUUCGUAUAGUCCAGCUGGUGGAUUGGGCAUGGGCAUGCCUGUGGAUCGCGAGAGUCCACGUAGCUACACAACCAAACCUCUUUAUAAGAAGGAGAGAGAAAAUAGAGACUACAACUUAUACAUGCUUGUAUGUCUAGAUUGUGCACGAUCUCCAAAAGACAAACGAAGCCGUGACAGUCGGGAUUCUGAGCACCGGACCAAUCAUGACAGGAGUGGUGGAGAGAUCUUGCAUCCCAUAAAACUAUCUAAUUCCUCCCGAGAAUCGUCGCAGCGGAAACCUGCACACAACUCUUGUCAGGAUAAAAGAGGAGAUGAACGAGGUGGUGUCGUUGAACGAGGAGCAAGGUUCGGUGACUGGUCAGAACACUUGAGUUCAUCAGGUAAAAAGUAUUAUUACAACUGCAAAACAGAAGUAUCACAGUGGGAAAAACCACGUGAAUGGAUUGUUCGAAAUGACAGUAGGCAACGUCAAUCGAAUGAUUAUUCAUCUAGGUCAAGUCAUGAUAAACAUUCCAACUCGCGAGCCAACAGUAGCAAUAUAAGGGACAGCAAAUCCCGGCAAAUAGACAAACGCGAGUACUGGGGAUCGUGUUCAGGAAGCAAUCAACCCAGCAAUAGUGUGGGCAGUUCCAGCAGAGAUGAUUUGCUGUUGUUAUCCUCCCGCGAGCGCGACAAAGAGCAGCGCGAGCGUGACCGCGAACAAAGGGAGCGAGAGCGCGACCGAGAACAGCGUGAGCGUGAACGCGAACUACAGCAGCAGCAGCGAGAACGUGAGCAGCAGCAACGUGACAGAGAUGACAUGUGUGGCGGCGAGCGUCAGUCCCAGGACAUGGACAUAUCACCGGGUGAUUCCACGCCGACCUCGGAAACUCAGACAUCUCUUCACGACACAAUGCCCCAAGGACCUGUGCUCCUGGCCACCGCGCUCCCAAGAUUAUCUUCUCAUCCACCCACAUCUUUACCCUCGACAACUGGAAAAUUGUCGUCAUCUCCUACGACGCACAGUAGUCAACCUGGUAACAGCAAUGCACCUGGUCCUCCGGUUACUCUCGCUAAUUUGCCGAGAUUAUUGUCACAAAUAACUGGUAGUAAGGAUCAGAAUGAUAUUACACCUAAGCAGGCACUUCAAACUAUACAGACUGCUCUUUUUCUGUCGCGACAACAGUCAGGAAGUAGUGAUCGAGGAUGUAACGAUCAUAUGGCGCCUCUAAAAGUUGAUACCAGCGGUAAUGUCAAUUCUACGAAUGAAGGUCCGCCGACACCGACUCAUUCGGAGACACAAGAUUGUAUUGAUGCGAGAAAGAUGGUGAGUCCUGGAGGAUUAAAUGCUAGUGUCCAGGGACUCAGUUCGCUGCAGGGAGUCAGUACGUUGGGUUCUCUGGGUAGUCUUGGUAGUGCUGGAGGGUUACAAGCGCUUUCGAGAGUUCAGCCACCGUUAACACCUUCCUUGACACCUUCACUUGCUAAUCAUUAUCGGGAAGAUUUGACUCAACAUGUUCGCGCUUUUCCGGCUGAUAUUCUUGAGAAACAGGCUCAAAAAUUAAGUGAAGAAGCACACACAAUGGGAAGCUUACAGUGUACUAGAGUUUCAGCAGAGCUUAAGACUGCUCGAUCGUUAGUAAGGCUCACUGAAAUUCAAGCUACAUUACAAGAACAAAGGAUAUUAUUUUUACGCCAACAAAUCCACACCUUGGAGGAGCUGAAAUCCCAAAACUCCUUUAUGGCUGAUGACUCUUAG